AUGAAUCACCAAGGGCCACCACAACAAGGCUACUAUCAGCAGGGGCCUCCUCAGCAAGGUUACUACCAGCAGGGCCCUCCUCCUAUGGGCCCACCUCAGGGCGGAGGGUACUACCAACAACAACAGCAGCCUAUGUACCAGCAGCAACCCCCACGUGAAGAAGGCAGCGGCUGCUGUGGCUGGUGUAUGAAGGCCUUGUGCUGCUGCUGUUUGUUUGAGCUAUUGUGUGGCGAUUAA